GAGAUGUCAUAUUUUAUUGAUUUGAAACAUGGCGUCGGAAGGAGAAGCGGGCAGUGCUUCUGUUGUUGAACCAGAGACCGGGGACGGUGAUGCUGGAUUUGGGGACUUGACAGGCAACCUGGAGACUGAGUCAUCGAAUGGCAAAGAGGCCAUGGAUCCGGGUAGUGAGGGUUUGGAGGCAGCUGACACCCAGACAGGUUCUGGUGACGAGGAGAGCGGCAGGCACCAGGGAGAGGUGGAGCUGCAGUGUGCUCUCUGUAUGAAGUGGUUCACCGCCGACACCUUCAGCAUCGACACUGCGACGUGUCUGCCUUUCAUGACCAACUAUGUUUUCCAUUGUAACGUGUGUCAUCACAGCGGCAACACCUACUUCCUCCGGAAACAAGCCAACCUGAAGGAGAUGUGUCUGACUGCUCUGGCUAACCUCACAUGGAGCUCCAGGACUCAGGAGGAACACCCCAAGACUAUGUUCUCCAAAGACAAGGACAUCAUCCCGUUCAUUGAUAAGUACUGGGAGUGUAUGACCACCCGACAGAGACCUGGAAAACUUACAUGGCCCAACAACCUAGUCAAGACCAUGAGUAAAGAGCGGGAUGUGUUCCUGGUGAAGGAGCACCCAGACCCAGGCAGUAAGGACCCAGAAGAGGACUACCCCAAGUUUGGCCUGCUGGACCAGGACCUGGGCAACAUUGGACCGUCUUACGACAACCAGAAACAGACCACCGCUGCUCCCACUCCUGGAGGGCUCAACGGUGGACCUUCUUUCUCAGGUGGUCUGGCCCCUGGCCCAGGUAAAGGUAGAGGAGCCAAGCGUAAGCAGCAGCAGCAGCAACAGGAGGGAGCCACAGCUGGAGCAGCUAAGAGAACACGCAGUGACCCUCUGUUCUCGGCCCAGCGUCUUCCUCCCCAUGGCUACCCUCUGGAGCACCCCUUCAACAAAGAUGGCUACCGCUACAUCCUAGCAGAGCCAGACCCUCACGCCCCCGACCCAGAGAAACUAGAGCUGGACUGCUGGGCUGGCAAACCCAUCCCUGGAGACCUCUACAGAGCCUGUCUCUACGAGAGAGUAUUGCUAGCCCUGCACGACAGAGCCCCACAGCUGAAGAUCUCAGAUGACCGUCUGACAGUGACAGGGGAGAAGGGUUACUCCAUGGUCAGAGCCUCCCACGGUGUCAGGAAAGGAUCUUGGUACUUUGAGGUCUCCAUCGAUGAAAUGCCCCCGGACACCGCAGCCAGACUGGGCUGGUCUCAGCCUCUGGGUAACCUGCAGGCCCCUCUGGGCUAUGAUAAGUUCAGCUACUCAUGGCGUAGUAAGAAGGGGACACGGUUCCACCAGUCUGUAGGGAAACACUACUCCUCAGGCUACGGACAGGGAGACACUCUGGGCUUCUUCAUAGAACUACCAGACGGCACUGAGACAGCCAAGGCACUGCCGGACACUUACAAGGACAAGGCGCUGAUUAAGUUUAAGAGCUACCUGUACUUUGAGGAGAAGGACUAUGUGGACAAGGCAGAGAAGAGCCUGAAGACUGUUACCCCCAGCAGGAUGCUGUUCUAUAAGAAUGGGGUUAACCUGGGUUUGGCCUAUGAAAACCUGUUUGAGGGGCUCUACUUCCCUGCCAUAUCUCUCUACCGGGGCUGUACGGUUUCAGUUAACUUUGGACCACUUUUCAAACACCCUCCAAAAGACAUCAAGUACCAGCCAAUGAGUGAUAUGGGCUGGGGAGCGGUGAUCGAACAUACACUGGCUGACAUGUUGUAUCACGUAGAGACGGACGUGGACGGACGACGUAGCCCUCCCUGGGAAGGAUAAACACACACCUCCAGAGAUCAACACACACACACACACACACAGACGGCCACCUGAGUGUUUGGACAGGCAUGGAGUCCAUUCCAUCAUUUAUAGGUGGGUUGAUGUCAACCUGAAUAUGAACACUUUGCAGUCUCUCUGUGGAGUCCCUUAAACAUCAUUGUCAUUGGUAACUUAAAUAAACUGUACCCUUCUAUUGAACAAGAUGUGUGUGAUCUAAAAUGAGACUUGUGUUGACAGUGAACUUGUUUGUCUGAACAACUCAUUUUGGUGUAUGAAGCACUUUAGGUGUUCCAGCACUAUAAAGUCAUGUAUGGACAAGUUUCAAAUUCAUUAUCUAUUUUUGUCGAACACCUCAGAUAUUCUUAGUUACAGAUAUUAUUUCUUCAAGCAUAUGAACAUAUUCUGUUUUUGUUCGUUACCUGCCAGCUGGUCUCAAGCUAGGUUUCCAUACUAUUGGCCACAGAUCUUCAUGCAAAUAUGAUAAAAUCUGCAACAAAUUGACUGGUUGCGAAUUAGCCUGCUUGACGACGUAGUGCACAUGAAAAUAACUUUUGCGGUUAAAUUCCUAUGUACCGAAUAAAAAAACAAGUUAAAUGGGUUUUCAUUGCAUUUUCAACUCUACUGAUGGUUUUGUCACAGAACAAAUUGUGUUAUGUAGUGAAUGUGCCCAUUUCAAGUAUUGGCAUGUGCGCUCUAGUCAGCAGCUCGCACAUACAGUGUGGGUAUAGUCUACAUGUGAGAUUAUUAUGAACAAAAGUGCGAGAUUAUUUUUAAUUUGUCAAAUGGCAUGCCUCAAUUAUCAUGUCACUAGAAUAAGACCCUCAAUAUGUAUUGGAAAGGAGCAUCAAGCUUAUCACCUUCCACUUUCACCACCCUGUGAAGUUCACCAUAAUUAAUUUCAUUUGUAGCCUAAUAAACUUCAUUCUUUCCCGAGUCGUAGUGUGAGGAGCACACACGUCAUCACGUGACUCCCAAAUUUACUUCGAUAUGAUGGUUAUUAUAUCAAUAUUUGCCCAUAAAAGCAUUUCCACCGCCAUUACUCGCAUAGUUCAGACACAAAAAAUAUCCAACCUUGUCUAAUGUAUUUUGUUUUGUUGAUAUUUGUCAAGUUUACCAACACAUUUGCUGUUUCCAUCAGGCUUGAUGUGACAUUUUUUACCCAACAUACUUUACGAGCAUAAAAAGGUUGGAUAGAAACCUGGUUACAGAUGUGAAAUAUUAACGUUUGGUCUUGUUUUAACAAUUUACUUUUGUUUUACAUUCAUGCUGGUUUUAAUAAAGUAAAGAUUUGUAAAGA